AUGUCCGAAUCACCCUCCACGCCGCGCCGCAAGAUCGUCAAUACCAUUGCGGUUCCCGCGCCACGUUCCGCCAAGAAGGCGCGUUCCACGUUGCAGGAUCGCCUUGCGGGUGUGGCUGCGGGAGCGACGAGGAUCCCUCGGCCAUCUUGCACCUCCUCUUCUGUUUCAUCCGGCAGCACGCCCCUCUCCAUCCCUUCAACGCCCGGACCCAGCCGCGAGCUCUCCAAAAGCAGUGACAAGGUGAUCGUCUGUGUACGAAUUAAGCCUACAACUUCACCCUUCGCCCUCCAUGCCUACGAAGUCACGCCCAACUCCCUCUCCCUCUCUGACACUCACCCCAAUGUUCUGCGACGCGGCGGCAAGGCUGGCCGCGAAGCCGAGUACACGUACAACUUUGACACUCUGGUCCAGUUCCCAACGCGCACACCAGAGCUCUAUAAGGACAAGAUCGCGCCCCUCGUACAGCAGGCCAUGAAUGGCUUCAACAGCACUGUGUUCGCAUACGGUCAGACAGGAAGUGGCAAAUCGCACACCAUGUCGGGCACGCGGACCGAGCUCGGCAUCAUCCCGUGUGCCGUGGACGGGAUUUUUGACGCCAUCACAGACGACCCCGAACGCGCUUUCCUGCUCCGUGUCUCAUAUCUCGAAAUCUACAACGAGGGCAUUCGCGACCUCCUUUGCCCCAAGCGUGGCGACGAAGCAAAAGUGCCUACAAUCAAGACGGCCAAGGGCAAAGACGGGCAAGGCAAGGUCUUCGUUGAUCCGCUCCAGGAGAAGAUCGUAUCUACACCUCAGGAUGUGGUCGAGAUCCUCUCGUUGGGGAACCGCAACCGCAAGACUGGCGCUACCGACUGGAACGAGCGAUCAUCGCGCUCGCAUGCCGUCUUCACCAUCACUAUUGAGUCCCGGCCACGAGACGGCGACGGUCAUGACGAGGUCCGCGUUUCCCGUCUCACUCUCAUCGACCUUGCCGGUUCCGAGAAGGCCGUCUCCAACGUGGAGCGUCGCGGCGAAGGCAAGCAUAUCAACCAGAGCUUGCUGGCCCUGCGCGAAGUCGUGCACAAGCUGACGGAUACCGGAAAGCGCGGUCAUAUCCCGUUCCGCAACUCAAAGCUUACCCACCUCCUCGAGAAUGUCUUGGGCGGUGACUCGAAUAUCUGCGUCAUUUGCACCAUGUCGUCCGAGGAGGAACACUGCGCAGAGACUCUCGAGACGCUCAAGUUCGCAGGCCGCUGCUCUCAAGUCGAAACCAAGGCGCAGAAGAACAUUCUUCACGGCUCUGACCUUGCGGUCAUUCGUGCCAAAGACCGCGAAAUUGCUGAGCUCAAGGCCCAGCUCGAGAGCCUCGCGAGCAGUGCGCGGUCGCCCCAGGGCAGCAUUUUAAACCCCCAGAUGUCCGGCUUGGCCGACGAGCUUGCUGCGAUGCAGGCCCGCAAGGACAAGCUCGCCGAGCAGCUAUCCAAGCUUAACAGCGAGAUUCUUACCUCUGAACUACCCCGCUCGCGUGCGGGAUUGCCGAUGGAGCAGCCGCGUAAGCGACGUCCCCGCAUUAGUGACUUCACAUCUUUAACUGCCGCAUCCAGCGGGAUAGGCCUUGGGCUCGGCUUGCCCGGGACGCCCAAGAAGCAGAUUGACCGCCGCGCAGUCAGCACGAUGGUGCGCGUCGCUGACAGCCUCUACGACGAUGACUCAGACUCGAGCUUCGUUGACAACGCCAUCGAAACAUUGGACCCGAGCAAGGCCUUCGAUCACGACAUUACGAUCGCGUCUCUACGUCGUACCAUCGCUUCCCGUGAUGGCGACAUAGCCAAGCAAGCCCAUGACCUUAGGGCCGCUCUGGCUGAGGCAGGCGAACUCAGCAAAAUCAGAGAUGAGCUCGCAGCGGCGAAGGCCGAGUUGAACGAUGCGACGGUGGAGCACACGAGGAAACUCGCCGACGCGCAGGAGAGCUUUGGCACCGCCCAACUUGCUCUGGAGACCACACUCGCAGAGAAGAGUUCUCGUGUCGAAGAACUGGAGGCCAACAUCGUGGAGCUAUCGCAAUCGCACGCCAAGUCUUCCGCCGAGGUGCAGGCACAACUAGCUAAUGUGCAAGCCGAGCUUCAGGCUGCUACCUCGGAGCGCGAUGAGCGGCUCAAGGAGAUUGACGAGCUCAAGGCCGCCCACAGCGCCGAGAUAACCAAGAUCAAGGAAUCAAUCAAGGCUCUGAGAGCUAAAGCGGACGAGAACGCCGCACGCGUCGCGGAGCUCGAGGACGUGCGAGCCCAGCUUCAGUCGAGCCUCAAGGCUGUCGAAGAGGAACGCGAUUCCGUCCGCUCAGACCAUGCGAAUGUCCAACGCGAGGCUGAGCAAGCCAAGCUAGAUCUGGAGGCUUACCAGACCGCCUCGGCUGGGCGAGAAAGCGAGGCCAUGGCGUCAUUCAAGAGCCAGCUUGACGGGGAGCGCGAGGCCCGCAGCAAGGCCGAGAUAGCUCUCGAGGAGGCCGCUAAGGCCGCUAAUGCUAGAGCCAGCGAGGCGGCUGAGGAGAAAGCCCGUCUCGAGAAUGAGCUUGGCGAGGCCAGCGCUAGGCUUGAGGAGGCCACCAAGGCUAAACUCGAGGUCGAAGCACGUAUCGCCGAUGCUGACGCUGCUGCCAAGCAAGCAGCGCUGCACGCCGCAGCUCGUCACGACGAGCUCACGGCCAAGGUCAACUCCCUCACUGCGGAAGGCGAGGAGCACCGCCAGGCAGGCCAGGACCUCGAGGUCCAACUUGGCGCCCUCACGGCACAGCUGGAGGCGAAGUGCGACGAGCACGAGACUCUGGCGCGUCAGCUUGCGGACGUUCAAGGUCGAUUGGAGAGCAAGAUCGCGUCCGCAGACGAGAUCUCUUGCGGCCUCGAGGAGAGCAAGGCGGCGCUAGAGGCGCGCGGCGCGGAGCUCGCGGCUGCUCUGGCGGAGCGGGAUGAGGCCAAAGCCGCCCUGGAGGCGGCGAAGGCGGCUCAUGACAUGGCCGCGGCCGAUCUCAACACGCGCCUCGAGGAAACUAUCCGGGCGCGUGACGAGGUCAAGGCCGCUCUGGAAGCCAAGACUGCUGCACACGACGAGGUUUCUGCCACACUCGCGGCGCUGCAGACCAAGCUGGACUCCAAGGCACAGGUUUUGGACGAUGCCACGAAGGCGCACGACGACAUUAAGACCAAGCUUGAGGCGGCUACGGCGCUGAACAAUGAGCGGGCCAAGGAGCUCGCGGACAUUCUGGUGCAGUUGGAGGCAAAGACCGCUGCGCACACCGAAGUGGAGGCUGCGUUGGAAGCCACUCAGGCUGAGCUGGCCACCAAGAGCUCCGCUCUGAAAGAGGCUACCACUGCUUCGCAGUCACUCACUGCGCAACUUGAGGAGAAGCGCGAGGCUCUGGCCAAGACCCAGGCCGAGCUUGCAACCACCAUGGAUGAGCUCAGCAGCAAGUCCUCUGCUCUCGAGGAGGCGGCCGCCACGUCCAAGUCGCUCAUGGAGGACCUUGCAUCGACUUCCAAGGCGCGCACUGAGUUCGAGGCCCAGCUCGGCAUCACUAAUGCCGAACUUGAGGACAAGACCGCGUCGCUCGCCACAGCGACCGCCGAGAUCGACUCUCUGCGCGCCGGCGCGGACAUCGCCGCCUCUAUCCGCACUGACCUGGAGGAGCACCGCGCUCUCCUGGAAACGGAGAAGGCGGAGCGGGCCAAGCUUGCUGAGGCUCAUGCUUCAGCCACAACUCGCGGCGAGGCGUUGGUCAAGGAGGUCGAGGAGACCAAAGCAGCUCUGGCAGUGGAGCGGGAGGCCCGCAAGGCGAGUGACGAGCGUAUCGCCGCGCUCGAGGCCGAGCUCGCCACAUCCAAGAAGGAGCGAGAGGCAUUGUCAGCGGAGCUUACGGCCUCGAAGACCGAACGCGACGACAUCAAGGCGCAGCUGACGACUGCCACCACCCACAGCUCUGAAUUACAGGGCAAGCUCGACAAAAUGGACAAAGAUCUCGGCGAGGUCAGAGGUCAUCUGGACGUCGCGCGCGCUUCCUCCGCUUCCAACGAGUCCGAGAACCGCACCGAACGUGAACGCCUCAUGUCCGAGGCUGAAGCACACAAGCGCGCCGUCGCGGCAGCAGAGAUUCGCCUGGCCUCAUUCACCGCCGACAGCACGCUCAAGCACUCUGACCUUGCCGAGGAGGUAGCCAAGGCUCGUUCUUCGGCCGAGGACGCGACCCGCAAGCCUGGGGAGCACAAAGCAGCGGCGGCUAGGAUGAAGGAGAGUCUGGUGGCGGCCGAGGCCCAGCGGUCCAAGGCCAUGGAGGGGCUCAAAGCCGACCUCGCCACAGUCAAGGCAGGGAAGAAGACCGCGGAAGCCUCCGCGGCCAAGGCCAACGCCGACCUCGCAGCCGCAAAGCAAAGCCUGUCGGAAGCUACCGCCGAGAUCGCCACCAUCAAGGCCAAGCUCGCUCAGGAGAAGCGCUCCGACGCCCUCGACAAAGAGCUCACGCUUGCGCGCAGCGAGUACGAUGCCAUGAAGGCACGCUGUGAACGCCUCGCCGACGAGCUCCUCACUGCCUCUGCGCACGCCAACGGCAACUCCUCGCCCACAAAACGUGGCUUCACCUCGCUUUCCGCCUCAGGCUCGGUUCCCAGCCUCCUCUCGUCGGCCGGCUCGGCGGCGCUUCGGGGCGCCGGCAUGCACCCAGUCAACGGCGGCUGGGCGUCGUCCCCCGCGGCCGUGGAGCUCUCGCGCCUCGACAAGGUCGUGGAGGCGCAGAAGGCGGUCAUCGAAGAGCAGCGUGCCAAGAUCAGCUUCUGGGCGCUCGAGCUCGACAAGCAGAACGAGGCGGUGCGCCUGCUCUCGGCCGACCUCGAGAACUGCACGUGCGGGGAGCGUGAGCGCGAGCGCGACUCGCGCGGCCACCUCCGCGCGUCCCUCUCCAUGUCCUCGGUCCCCUCGCCGUCGAAGGAGAACCUCUCGCCCGCGCCGGCGGCCUACGCGUCCGCCCGCUCGCGCGGGCACAUAAGCUCGAGCUUCGCCGCGCGCAACCUCGCCAUGCCCACCGCGCCGUCCGCGUACCAGUACAUGCCCGGCUCGCCGUCGCCGCUGCCCAUGCACCCGAGCCAGUUCAGCAACUCGCGCAAGCACCGGCGCGUAACCCUCGAGCACGACAUAAACCGCCUGCAGGAGGGCGGGCGCGUGAGCUCGAUCAAGAACGUGUUCGACAGGGACGAGCCGCCCAGCCCCACGCGGCCGCGCGCCGAGCGCGUCGGGUCUAGACACACUUCUGUGCGUCGGGGAUAGAUGAUCUGCGAAGAAAGGGAAAGAAAUCAGGAAAAGCUGGGCUCAACAAAGUUCGCGUUGUAUUUCUAGAUCUUGUAUAUGUGAUGCCAGUGUGAUUGCGAG